AUGUCCAGCGGUGACGUCACGCCGUCGAUCAGCACGCGCACCGACUUCCUCGCCGGCGAUGAGGACGGGGAUGAUGAAGAGGAAACGGCGGCUGGCAGCAGCGAGGAGGAUGAGGCGAAGGAGUGGGUCGCCCAGAUUUUUAGUUUACUUUCGUUGGAUGCUGUGGGCAUCACCUUGUCCAUUGCCCAAGCAACCGGAAAACAUAGGUAA